AUGGUCCGGGAGACCAGGCACCUCUGGGUGGGCAACAUGCCGGAGAACGUCCGCGAGAAGAAGAUCAUCGAGCACUUCAAGCGAUAUGGACGUGUUAUAGGUGUCAAAAUUCUCCCCAAAAGGGGAUCAGAAGGCGGCGUGGCAGCCUUUGUGGAUUUUGUGGACAUCAAGAGCGCCCAGAAGGCGCACAACUCCAUCAACAAAAUGGGGGACAGAGACCUUCGGACGAAUUAUAAUGAACCUGGAACCAUUCCUAGUGCUGCUCGCAGAUUGGAUGAUACAGUUUCCAUAGCAUCUCGUAGUAGAGAGGUUUCUGGGUUCAGAGGAGGUGGUGGUGGGCCCACAUAUGGCCCACCACCAUCACUUCAUGCACGGGAAGGACGCUAUGAGCGGAGACUUGAUGGGGCUUCAGAUAACAGGGAGCGUGCUUAUGAACAUAGUGCCUAUGGACACCAUGAACGGGGGACAGGAGCAUUUGAUCGGACAAGACAUUACGAUCAGGAUUACUACAGAGAUCCUCGGGAGCGGACUUUACAGCAUGGACUCUACUACAGUUCUCGGAGUCGCAGCCCGAGCCGCUUUGAGACUCAUGACCCCCGUUACGAACCUCGGGCCCGGGAGCAGUUUACAUUGCCCAGCGUGGUACACAGGGAUAUCUACAGGGAUGAUCUCACGCGGGAGGUACGAGGUAGAAGGCCAGAGCGGAAUUACCAGCACAGCAGGAGCCGGUCGCCACAUUCAUCCCAGUCGAGGACCCAGUCUCCCCAGAGGCUGGCGAGCCAAGCGUCAAGGCCUACCAGGUCGCCUAGUGGCAGCGGCUCCAGGAGCAGAUCUUCGAGCAGCGAUUCCAUCAGCAGCAGUAUUGAUCUCCCACCCACCCAAAAAAUAAGAUGUUACUCCAGCAGAAGUUCCAGUGACGAGUCUCCAGCCCGUUCAGCUGUUCCAGCACCCACCUACCAGUUGCUUCCAUCUCUGGAGAAAGAUGAGCCCCGCAAAAGUUUUGGGAUUAAGGUCCAGAAUCUUCCAGUGCGCUCCACAGACACCAGCCUUAAAGACGGGUUGUUCCACGAGUUCAAGAAGUAUGGGAAGAUGACGUCUAUGCAGAUCCACGGGGCCUCCGAAGAGCGAUACGGGCUGGUGUUCUUCCGGCAGCAGGAGGAUCAGGAGAAAGCGCUGAAUGCCUCCAAAGGGAAGCUGUUCUUCGGCAUGCAGAUCGAAGUGACAGCUUGGAUAGGGCCAGAAACAGAAAGUUUGAAUGAGGACGAAAGGUUAGACGAAUUUCACCCCAGAGCAACGAGAACUCUCUUCAUUGGGAACCUGGAGAAAACCACCACGUAUCACGACCUUCACAACAUUUUUCAGCAUUUCGGGGGGAUUGUGGGUAUUGAAAUUAAGAGAGUGAACGGGGUCCCUCAGUACGCAUUCCUCCAAUACUGCGAUAUUGCAAGUGUGUGUAAAGCAAUCAAGAAGAUGGACGGAGAAUAUCUCGGAAAUAAUCGGCUCAAGCUGGGCUUUGGGAAGAGUAUGCCUACCAACUGCGUGUGGCUGGACGGCCUCUCGACAAACGUCACGGAUCAGUAUUUAACGCGACAUUUCUGCCGCUACGGUCCAGUGGUGAAGGUGGCGUUUGACCGCUUAAAAGGCAUGGCCCUCGUUCUCUACAACGAGACUGAAUACGCGCAAGCAGCUGUAGAAGAGACCAAGGGGAGGAAAAUCGGUGGGAAUAAAAUUAAGGUGGAUUUUGCGAACCACAAGAGCCAGUUGGCCUUCUGUCGUUCCAUGAAGAAGACUGGCCAGGAUAUUAGAGACUUCUAUGAAAUGCUUGCAGAGAGAAGAUGUUACUCCAGCAGCAGUUCCAGUGACGAGUCUCCAGCCCGUUCAGCUGUUCCAGCACCCACCUACCAGUUGCUUCCAUCUCUGGAGAAAAAUGAGCCCUACAAAAGUUUCGGGAUUAAGGUCCAGAAUCUUCCAGUGCGCUCCACAGACACCGGCCUUAAAGACGGGUUGUUCCACGAGUUCAAGAAGUAUGGGAAGGUGACAUCUGUGCAGAUCCACGGGGCCUCCGAAGAGCGAUACGGGCUGGUGUUCUUCCGGCAGCAGGAGGAUCAGGAGAAAGCGCUGAAUGCCUCCAAAGGGAAGCUGUUCUUCGGCAUGCAGAUCGAAGUGACAGCUUGGAUAGGGCCAGAAACAGAAAGUGAGAAUGAGUUUCAGCCUUUGGAUGAAAGGAGAGAUGAAUUUCACCCCAGAGCAACGAGAACUCUCUUCAUUGGGAACCUGGAGAAAACCACCACGUAUCACGACCUUCGCAACAUUUUUCAGCGUUUCGGGUGGAUCGGGGAUAUUGACAUUAAGAAAGUGAACGGGGUCCCUCAGUACGCAUUCCUCCAAUACUGCGAUAUUGCAAGUGUGUGUAAAGCAAUCAAGAAGAUGGACGGAGAAUAUCUCGGAAAUAAUCGGCUCAAGCUGGGCUUUGGGAAGAGUAUGCCUACCAACUGCGUGUGGUUGGACGGCCUCUCGACAAACGUCACGGAUCAGUAUUUAACGCGACAUUUCUGCCGCUACGGUCCAGUGGUGAAGGUGGCGUUUGACCGCUUAAAAGGCAUGGCCCUCGUUCUCUACAACGAGACUGAAUACGCGCAAGCAGCUGUAGAAGAGACCAAGGGGAGGAAAAUCGGUGGGAAUAAAAUUAAGGUGGAUUUUGCAAACCACAAGAGCCAGUUGGCCUUCUGUCGCUCCAUGAAGAAGACUGGCCAGGAUAUUAGAGACUUCUAUGAAAUGCUUGCAGAGAGAAGAGACGAGAGAAGAGGAUCUUAUGACUAUGCUGCGGAUCGUACUUAUUACGAAGCUGUGCGAACACCAGGGACGUAUCCUGAAGAUCCUCGGAGAGAAUAUCCGGCCCACGGCAGGGAGUUCUAUGCAGACUGGGAUCCUUACCAAGGAGACUAUUAUGACCCGCGGGAAUACAGAGACGACAGGGGUGACCCUUACGAGGAAGACAUAAGGGAAUACAGCUACAGGCAACGGGAGCGGGAGCGGUUUGAAUCAGACCGGGACCGGGACCACAAAAGAAGGCCCAUUGAGCGGAGCCAAAGCCCUGCUCAUUCCUGGCGGCCCCAAAGCCCCGGGGCGUCUCCGUCGCAGAGGCUGCAGAGCGAUUCUGAGCGGAGUGGCAGCUGCAGCUCGCUUUCUCCGCCACGCUACGAUAAACCGGACAAAGCCCGCCUCGAGCGACAUGCAAAAAACGAGAAGCCGGAGAAAGAGCGCGCUUUUGAGCAAGAGAGACCUGACAAAGACAAGCGCCUCGUGAGGAAAGAGAAGCCAGAAAAACCCGAAAAGGAGAAAACGGAGAAGCAAAAGCGCAAGGCUAAAGUCCAUUCUCCCAGCUCCCAGUCUUCUGAAACGGAUCCAGAAAACGAGAGAGACCCCAGUCCUGAGAAAAUAAAAAGCGGCGGCAAGCUGAGCCGGGAGAGGGCGGACAAGGAAGGGGCUGCGAAGAACCGCCUCGAACUCAUGCCUUGCGUGGUGCUGACGCGAGUCAAGGAAAAGGAAGGGAAAGUCACGGACCCCCCUGCCCUGGAGAAGCUCAGAGGGAAGCAGGAGAACGACGCCACCGCCAGGUGCCCCUUGCUGGAGCCGAAGCUGCAGGCGCCUCAGGGGGAACAGAGCAAGGCUGACCAGAUGAUCCGGAUGAGCACUGGACACAUGGAGGGGAACCUCCAGCUGGUCUUCGUGCUGUUGACGGAUUGCUACGUGUACCUCAUCCGCAAAGGAGCCGCCGAGAAGCCGUACAUGGUGGAGGAAGCCGUUUCCUACAACGAGUUGGACUACGUCUCGGUGGGUCUGGAUCAGCAGACGGUGACCUUGGUCUGCACCAACCGCAGGAAGCAAUUCCUCCUGGACACGGCCGACGCGACCCUGACCGAGUUUUUCCUGGCAUCUCUCAAGUCGGCGAUGAUCAAAGGGUGCCGGGAGCCGCCCUAUCCCAGUAUCCUGACUGACGCCACCAUGGAGAAGCUCGCGCUGGCCAAGUUCGUGGCCCAGGAGUCCAAGCGGGAGGCCUCCGAAGUGGUGGUGCGCUUCUAUGGCCUCGUUCACUGGGAGGACCCCCUGGACGAGGCCCCGGGGCCCGCCCCUUCCCACUACACCUUGGCCGAGAGCUCCAUCACGAAGGAAGGCAUGCUGAGCUACAAGGCGGGCACCAAUUACCUGGGCAAGGAGAACUGGCGGUCCUGCUUCGUGGUGCUCAGCAAUGGCAUCUUGUACCAGUAUCCGGACCGCACCGACGUCACCCCUCUGCUCUCCGUGAACAUGGGCGGGGAGCAGUGCGGCGGCUGCCGGAGGUCGAACACCACAGACCGGCCCCACGCCUUCCAGGUGAUCCUGAGCGACCGGCCCUCCCUGGAGCUGAGCGCGGAAAACGAAGAGGAGAUGGCCGACUGGAUGCAGUUCCUGUGCCAGGCCGUCUCCAAAGGGGUCGUCCCCCAGGGCGUGGCUCCUGCCCCCUGCAUCCCCUGCUGCCUGGUGGUGACGGAGCAGAAAGUCUUCACCUGCCACGAGGACUGCCAGACCAGCUUCUUCCGCUCGCUGGCCAGCGCCGAGCUGGGGGACGUGGCUUCGGUCUCCACGGAGCCCGGCCGGGAAUACUGCCUCGUGGAGUUUGUCCAGGAUCGCAAGCAAUACCUGCCCCCUUGGGUCCUCUAUUUUAGUUGCACGGCAGAACUGGAGCGGUUCCUCUCCGCCCUGGGCGCCGUGUGGAAAAACACCUACCAGGUCGACCUUUCUCACAAGCUGAUUGAGGAUGGCUGCGUGCGGAAGAAGUGCGAGGAUGCCCUGAGCUUGAUCCACAGCGCAUGGCAGCGCAGCGACAGCCUCUGCCGCGGCCGGGCUUCCCGGGACCCCUGGUGUUAGCCUCCCAGCAGGCGGAGCCGGACACCGUUCUGCAGCGGGAGGGGUUGAAGAAGCCGCCCUUUGCCUCCCGGCAGCAGCUUGAAGCAGGCGGGUCGGCGGGCGCUCUGGCUGGUGGGGGGAAGCGCCUCCCCGGGGCUGCCUCGCAGCCUCCCAGGGGGAGGGUCCGUGGAGCUGCUGUCGGCAUCUCGGAAGACGGCUGCUCAGCCAGCGCCUGCUCUGGGCGCCACUUUGCACCGAGCGGAAAGCGACGGCCCCGUUUGUGACUGUGACGGGCCGACCGAGCCCUGUGCUCCUCGCGUCACGGCCCGUCUCGCCUCUCGCUGUGGCUUGACCGGAGAUGACGGCGCGAUCCUUGCCGGGGGUGACGACGCGGCCGACGGGACCCGUGUGCCACCUCUCCCGGUCAGCCGCUGCGGCGCCAAUGCCUUUGCUUCCAGGACGAGCUGCCGGUUUGGGGACUUCUUCUUUCAAGGAAUACUAACCUCUUGUUAAUGGGGGCCGGGAGGCACGGGCCUCUGCCAAAGCACGGUCUGGAAGCUGUGCCUGAGACUGCCGGUUCCUCUUGAGACGGUGGUGAGAGUGGAACGCUGAGGGCGCCUGCAUGCUUUCCUCUCGUUAAAAACAAUCGCCAAUCGUGUACCGUUUCACGCUGCCGGGAGGCUACGUGGACCAACGCACGCCCCCCCUCCUGGAUAGUUCUCCCUACUCCGCCCCGGCAUCGCCAUUGGGUGAAGAGGCCGUCUCUGCCCGUCGCCGGGACCUCUGCCCUGGCCUUGGUGGGCUCACGGUCAAGGCCGAAGUGACGGAUUGGGCCUCAUCAUUCCCUGGCAUACAGGGGACGUGGUGCUCCCCAGAGAGCUCCCUUUUCCCCUGCAUGACCAGCAGGGGGCAGCCUGUCCCUGGGUGUGAGAUUCCCACACAGCCAAACUCGCCUGGCUCUCUUGGGGAAGCGGGUUGUGUGGAUUCACGCAGGCUCCGGCACAGGGGGCGGGAGGGGGCUUACUGUGCCUUCUGCGCAGCGGUCCGUCAUGGGCCUGAAAAGGCCGGGCACGAGCUGCGCCACCCGCCUGGCGUCUGCCAGGGCCUGUGCGGAUCCGGCCGUCUCACAUUCCCGUGUUGCCCGUCUGGCAGAAGGUUGGAGGCGAGCCCAGUCCUUCAGGCCAGUGUCGUUGGGGCGCUUGAAGUCAUCGGCAGGGACCUGGGUGGGUGGAAGUGGCAGAACGUAAUAUAUCAAAGCCUUUGUUUGCAGGAGCAAAUCCGUAGGAACUCCCAUCGCUUAUCUGUCAUGAUAUAUCCUUUCUAGACAGAGCUGGGGUUUUAUUUGCCUGGUGGGUUUCUUUUUUUAUUCAAGCUGUUUCAUAUUUUUAAAAUUCCUCGUUUUAACAAGUUGGGGACUUGCUCACUUACAAAGUGGCUCACGCAAGAGCCAGGAGGAGGCCUCUGGGACAGAAUGUACCUGUACAUACAUUUCCAUUCCACCCUGUA